AUGAGGACGCUGCUUCUGAUGUUUCUAUUUUAUCCAGCUACGUUAGGAGUUUUGAAAUUUGUGCAGAUUUGGUUCCGUCAUGGAGAGCGCACGCCCGGACACUACAUUUAUUUCCCAGGAGACGACAAGAACAACACUGAAUGGCAACAAAUCGCGUGGCCCGGAGAGCUGACCAAAAGAGGAAUUUAUGAAGAAUUUCAACUUGGAAAAAGACUGCGCGAGAUUUAUGGAGACCAUUUUGGAGACACCUAUAGACCCAAUGAUUUCCACGUUUACACUGGAGUCGAUAACCGUACAUCUGCAUCAGCACAAGCAAUGUUUGCAGGAUUCCUACCACCUAAUAAAUAUCAAACUUGGAAUCCUGAAAUCCUUUGGCAACCCGUCGCCCAACAAACUGAUGCAUCAAUUGAUUGGGUCUCUCUCGGUGCUAUUGAUAACUGUCCAGUCUACGGUGUGAACCAACAAAAGUCAUCGGAAUACGCAGAUGUAAUGGAGAAAAUGGAAAAGAUUGAUCCUGAAUUGUUGCAAUUGGUCAGAGAUCAUGCGUUUGAACCAAUCACAGAAGCUGUCACAUAUAAUCAUAUCAUUGAUUCUUUGAAAGUUCGGCAUAUCCUCGACGACAAACGACUUCCCUAUCCGGUUUGGGCCAGAGGAUAUGAGAAUCGAAUUAUGAAUAUGAGUUUCUUAGUUCACGAUGCUAUUGUUAAAAUUCAAAAUUCUACUAUUGGAGAUUACCACAAUGAGUUGAUUAUGUCAUAUUUUGAGACUCAUCUUCAGAAAAACACUAGCAGGGGUGUAUUCGUUAGUGGGCAUGACACAAAUCUUGUCACCAUUUGGGAAUCAUUACGUCUGGAUGGACAUCCAGAAGAUAUUCCAAACUACGGUGCACAUAUUGCAAUCGAGAUGCAUGAUGAUUUCGGGGAACUCUCCUUAAAGUUUUACUUGUCAAUGGGAUUCAAUCAAACUCGAGUUGAACUUUUCCCACAUUUCUGCACUAGAAAGCAAGUUGGUGGAUGUCGUUGGGAAGAAUUCAAAACAUUGACUACGAACUCAAGAAAACCGAAAUCUGAUUGGGUUUUCGAGUGUCAAGGAUAUGAAAAAGCUACCGAACCGGUUUCUACUUUAACAGUUCUAUGA